AUGAUCAUUUCCCUCGUUCUUGGAAUCAUUGCCAUGAUUUUUCACACAAUGUGUCUCUGCUAUCUUACUGCUUUGGCGCUCAAUACUGUCACUGGAAUUUCGGUGCCGAUGAGUUUGUUCAUGCUCAACGGAGUAGCGCUGUUCUAUACGAUGCUUGGGGGAAUGAAAGCUGUUAUUUGGACGGAUGUGCUUCAAUCUGGAGUUUUAGUCUUUUCUCUGGCCGCCGUUUCCUUCAAAUUAUGGUUCGAUCUUGGCUACGAAAAAAUUCUAGCAGACGUUGGAGAAUCCGGCGGAAACAAACUUGGGGACAUCUUCGAUUGGCGCAUUACAACCAGAUCUUCCGCAGCUUGGUUUUUCAAUGAAAUCAAUCUGAUGGUCUGUCACAUUGGCUUUGGACAAUAUUUUGUUCAAAGAUUCGUUUCUUGCGCGACCCCGAAUGACGCGAAAAAGAGCAUUUGGGUUGGAGCAAGUGUUUCGCUAAUUGUUGGAGGGAUUUUUAUUCCAAUGAUUGGGAUGGCGAGUAUUUCUUACUUCAAAGGCUGCGACCCAGUCAAGAGCGGGAAAAUCCCGAGAAUCGACGCGAUCGUCCCUUAUUUGGUGCAGGAAAUCUUCAAAGAGAUUCCCGGAAUGACUGGUGUCUUUAUUUCUUCAGCAUACAGCGCCACUCUUUCCACAAUCUCAACCGCUUUGAAUUCCGGGGCAACGAUUUUUUUCAAGUCUGUGAUCGGAAACGUCGAAAUCAAGGAAGAGAAACAGAUUUUAUACAUGCGAAUUUUUAUUACCAUUUUCGGAGUUUGUGUCACGUGUUUGUCGAUGCUGUUUAUGUGGAUGCCCGGAAAUAUCAUUUCAAUUGCGUUGAUGGUUCUUGGCUCAUUUCAAGCGCCGUUGACGAUGAUUUUCUUGCUCGGAAUUCUCGUCCCCUCUACAAAUGAAUACGGAAUCAUAGCUGGGACAUUCGCUUCUCAAAUUCCACUGGCUCUUCUUUCCUGCCAAAAACUAUUCUUCCACAAACCUGCUUCUUUUCAAAACUUGGUUCAUCACACAGCCGAUGUUUGUCUCAAUGUUUCCUCAGUUACAGUUCUUCUCGAUCCUGCCCCAGAAGUGAUUGAACCGAGCUAUCCUUGGUGGCACAGAAUAUUUUGGGUGUCAAAAGUCGGAUGGAAUGGUCUCCUCUCUAUGGCGAUUAUGGGCGGCGUUAGUUUUGUUGUCUCGAAGAUUUUCAAGGACGAAAAUUCUGAACCCAAUCCGGAUCUGCAACUUUCUCUCUUUACGUCUCCCAAAUGGCCGAACUUUCUGCGGAAUGCGUUUUUACUAGACUGCCAUAAAAAUCAAAACUUCAAGAGAAGCGAAGAACAACCAUUGAACGAAAACUCGGACUCGAAACAGAUAUCUGAAGGAGUCAAAUUUUCACUGUCACUUGAAAAUAACAAAGCAUAG